AUGACCAGAUUCGAGGAGAGCGCUCUGCGCAACAGUGCCUCCGACCAGCAGUCGAGCUCCUCGACCUUACCGUAUUGGCACCCUUCCAGCCAAUUCUCCUCCCUGAUUGACCCGCAGCAUGAUGCGAGCAUUCCUCACACGGCCAGUGAGAACGGGCAUCCGGGCAGCUUCCCGGCGUACACCGACGAGCAAUCGUCAGUACCUCUGCAAACCAGCAUGGACUUUGAGCUGUCCCGUCAGAUGGGCUACUCUCAGUUCAACGACUUCGCGCCUGCCGUUGCGCAGCCAUUGUCACAGGCUGACCUCAGCAGUCCCGAUCCUUCGGUAUCUGGUAUGUCGAAUUACAGCCAAGGUCUGAGCAUCAAAACGCCUGGCAGUACCAGAUCCAUGCGCAGGCCAGGUCUCGCUGGCGCCCCGGCUCUGACAAAUGGGCACUACUGCUGUCAAUGGUCCGUGAAUGGCGUUACUUGCAGACACAAGUUCAUGGAUGCCAAGGCCCUCAACGAUCACAUCAGAGCACAGCAUGUUCGUGGAGCCGGGACGUUCAUGUGUCACUGGUCGGGCUGCGACAAGGGCAGCUUUCCCACCGCGAACAAGCUGGUAAGGCACGUUCACAGUCACACUGGUUACAAGCCGUUCCCGUGCUCGUGCUGUCCUCAGGCAUUUGUGACGAAGGAUCAACUCGACAAGCAUCUCACCACACACACGGGAGCGAAGGACUUCGUCUGCACCUGGCCAGGUUGCGGGCGUUCGUUUGCCGUCAAGCAUGCCCUAGAUGGUCACGUCAACAGCGUUCACCUCAAAGCCAAGAAACAUAUAUGCCCAUGUUGCGCACAGGCCUUCGAUGAUUCCUCAAACCUCUCAAAACAUAAGAAGCAAGUACACAACACUGAUACUGGCAUCAAGUGCCCGGCAAGGCAUACCCACGGCUGUAUGUAUGUGGACAGCCGGAAAGACAAGAUGAAGGAGCACUGCGAACGCAAAUGCCACGGACUUGAGACUGUGACCGACGCACACGCCUGGAACUUGUGGGUGCAGCAAUUCAAGACGGCUUCGCGCAAGACGGACUCGCGCCGACAGUCUUUGCUGCGUUCCACUGCAUCCACGCCAUCAUAUAUGCCUGCGCCAUACCGAACGGGCUCGAUCGAGUGCAGCAAACAGGGUUGCAACAUUCCUGUGUGCCUGCCUUGCAACAUCCUUUGCAACGAUGUGCACUCCAGUCACCACGACGUACCGUGCCAUGAGGCUGACUGCGACCCUCAUGCGCCGUGUGAUCCAUGCGAUCCUUGCGACGAUCCUGAAUGUGAAGAGGCGGCAUGGCAGCCAUGCACUACACAACCGUGCAACCUACCGCACUGUGGAAGUACAAGCGUCUCAUCGACGCCGUCACUACCAGCAACGCCGCAUAUACCGCCUGAUACAUACUUCCAGUACGCAGGAGGCGAUUUGGACGCCGAGCAUCCAUUUCAGAUGGGUCAACGACUUUCGGAAUACAUGUUCAUGAAUGCAUGA